AUGGGAAGAAAAGAGGGUACGUUAGGAGAAGAGAUUACCAGGGAACUCGUUACUCCGAAAAAUAAGGAUAUUGAUAUUGAGGAUGUUGAAUUUAAUGAUAAAGCUGUUGAAAGUGAAAGUGAGACUGAAGGGGGAGAAGAAUCAGACGAGGAGUUAGAAAAGGAGCAUUAUGUUAGGGUUGCGAAGAGUAAGCUGAGACGAGAUGGUGUUAAGUUAGGAAGGGAGUAUGUAGGAGAGAGAACCUCGAGGUCUGAGGUAUUUGGAGAGGGUGAUGGAGAGGGUGACGUUAGUGAAGAUGAUGGUGAUGGUGAUGGUGAAGGUGAUGGUGAAGGUGAAGAUGAUGACGACGAUGACGACGUUGACGCUGACGACGCUGACGAUGACGACGUUGAUCAAGUUGAUGAUGACGAUGACGACGUUGACGCUGACGAUGACGACGUUGAUCAAGUUGAUGAUGACGAUGACGACGCUGACGAUGACGACGUUGACGCUGACGCUGAUCAAGCUGAUGAAGAAUACAAAAGAAAGCAAGUAGGAAAACUUCUUGAAAGAGAAAAGAAACAGAUCAUUGGCAGACUCACUUCGUCCGCCAAAGAGGAUGCAUUGAAAGGCUACUUUGUGCUUCAGCAGUAUCGACUUUUUGACAGAAUCUUGGAUGCAAGAAUUAAGCUACAGAAAGCUCUGAUAAGCAGUAAUCAGUUGCCGAUUGAUGCAGAAGCCUAUUUGGAGUAUAAGAGCGACGAAACCGAUCAUAAGAUUGGUAAAGUUAAGAAAGCAUUGGCAGAGCUAACUACAAAAAUAUUGAUUGCAAGGGCUAAGCUCUAUGAAAAGGAUGGUAUUAGUAAUGUAAAGAAGAGGAAGUUUUCGGAUUAUUUGAACGAGUCUGAGCAAAUGGAUACCAUUUUGAAACCUUAUAGAAAAAGCAUCUUAAUGAAAUGGUCCGGGAGGGUUCAAUCUGCUUCUGGCUCCAGCGCAUUAAAUGCUGGAAAGUUCAAGACUAUCAAUCAAAACGUUUACAUUCAACUAGAGAGCAAUAUGCAGGAUAUGGAUCGAUUGGUUAAAAGGACCCGGAUGAAUAGACGUCGUGUGAUACCUCUUGGAUAUGAGAAAAGAAUGGAAGAGUCUCGAAAGGAAACAGAAGGUAAUGUUGAUGAGGAUGAUGUGAAAGAAGAAGAAGAGGAGGAGGAAAAGGAGGCUUACAGUAACAUUGACAAAUCUCUUCAAGAAAACCCAUACAUCUUUGAUGAUGACGACUUUUAUCGUGUGUUAUUGAACGACAUGGUGGAUAAAAAGAUUGGUGAUAAGCAGAGUGCAUCAUCCGCUGCUAUUGUAACGUUGUCAAGAAGUAAAGUGCAGAAAAAUUAUGAAAGAAUGGCCACUAAAGGAAGAAAGAUUAAAUACACAGUUCAGGAGCCGCUUAGAAACUUUGAAGCACCUAUUUCGAGUCAGUAUAGGUGGGAUGAUGAUCAGAUCGACCAGCUCUUUGCAUCAUUGUUAGGACAGAAGGUUAGUAUGGCGGAAGAAGAAGAGGGAGACUUUCAGGAGACGGGAGAAGCAGACAAGCCUGCGGAGGAAAUUACGGCGCUUAGAAAGUCUUCGUUGAAGCUUUUCGGUUAG